GGCCGUUCAACAUGGAGACAUGACAACAAACAAGCACCUGUUCAGCUAAUUUCUCUUCAAAAAUCAUCGAUCUCUACUAUUUUGGUUAUGUAAUUUACUAUUUCAACUUGAAUGAGAAUCACUGAAUCAUGCCGCGCGCCAAUGGUAAACCAGGGGAUCCUCCAUCAAGGACUGGGCAGGAUGAUGAUAAUGUAAGCUACACCUCUGGCAGCAGUUACAGUUACACAGCAAGUGAAAGUUCAGGCAUAUCUGGAGAUGAAAGGCCACAAAAACAUGAAGUAAAUGGUGCUGAUGAAAAAGACACUGAUGUAACGAGUUCAGAAAUUCGACCUGAGCAAGCGGUGCAUUCAGAAUCCCCACCUAAACAAACAGAGUGGGUUCAUGAUGUACGAGAGGAUUACAACAUGCAAGAUGUAGGGAGACGUGUUGUACCUGUUACAGUCAAGGAACCAGAGAAAGAUGAGGCUGAUAAACGUUCUUGGUUGGAGAGUGACAGCGAUGCGUCCUUUGUGGCAGGUGACCUUAGCAGCAGUGAUAAUGAGUCUGUAGGGGGACCAGAGGUUGUGUUGGGUCCUCCAGCAGUGCAGAGUGUAGCAAUUGAGUCUGAUCCAGAGCCUCAACUUGCUCCACGACAGAGGGCUCCAUCUCCUCCCAGAGAAAGAUCCCCGUCUCAAGAUCUUGACCGAGCAACGAACGGAUUGUCUCCAAAGGAAGACAAAGAUGAGCAAGAAAUCCAGGCAACUCAAAUAAUCUCGGUUUCUGCUGCAGCUCCCAAUGAUAGGCAGGAAUCUGUCGGUCUUGGGACCAUAACGGAAGAAUCACAAAGCAAAUACACAUCGCCAUCUGAAGGCAGUGCAGGGGAAAUACGAAGCCAGGGAGAGAAAUCUGUGCCGAAAGAGUCUCGAGUCUUUCAACAAAAUAUACCGGUCAACGAACCUAUUCAUGAAAAUCCUGCUCAACCAAAAAGUUCCUUCCCAGUUGAUGACACUCAGAGUCAACCUGUUGCUGAACCUAAGAAAAAUCCAUUUUUUAAGAAGUCCAGUUUGUUAUCUUCAACAGUUAUUGCUGACCAGAGCAGACUUUUUGAUAUUUACUACCAAAACUUAGAAGAAGAGCCCGACCGUCCUGUGGCUAUUCCGUUACCUUCGCAGUCACGUGAGCAGGCGGCCCCACCUAGGCGUGACGAACCAUCUGGGGGCAAGACGGGAAAUGUCGAAUACGUUUGGGAGGCUGAGGAGUGUGGAGCAAAUAUGGUUGUUUCUGCUGAAACGCCGAAAGAGUGCCAUAGGAAAAGAGCCAUUCAAGCCACGGAUGCUGUUCGUGGGAAAUUUGAUCUCAUUGGUGGUGUGCAUGUCUUCCAGUUCACGUUCAAUGACAAACCAUUUGGUAGCCAUUGUAGUAUAGGAGUUUGCUUGGAGGAUGCUGAGUUAUCACGAGAAGGUUAUGGCCCUGUCAUAGGAAAAGAUGAAUUUGGCUGGGCAUGGGAUUUACCGUCAAGAAUGCUCGUACACGAUAAUCAGAACUGUGGCGCCUAUCCGCGAGUCAACCCCGAGCAGUUUAUACACAAUAAGAUCUUGAUGGUAUUAAAUCUUGAAGAGGGCAAAAUGGGAUUUAUGAUGGAGGGAGUGGACCUGGGACCAGCAUUUGAAGGUCUACCUACCGAUGAACCACUUUACCCAGCCGUUACAAUAGUGUACGGAAAUGCAGGUGUCACUGUAGAUUUGCUUCAAUCCUCUGACAAACGCUUCACACUGACACCAGGGGGAGUACCACCGCUACGUCCAGCCGAACGUCCAGCAACCCCAUCAACAUCAGGAGAAAAUGCAUUAUCACUGGAGGAUGCAGAUUUAACAGAUACAUCUGAUGAGGAAAACGCUAAAGAAGAUGCUGCUUCUCACAAAGAACGUCCACAAAUCGAAAGAGAAAAGACAGAUUCAUUCACCGCCAUGAUGAAUAUGGUAUCAGCCAAGGAUGAGAUGACGUUACUUCGAGCCUUUGAUAAAAAUUCUGUCAAUGGGUUCGGGCUGACUGUUGUUCCGAAUGACCCCUUCACGUGCCGGCAGCGACUUUUGCCAACGCCAGUAUCUACAAAGGAUUAUCCGAGUAUCGGCUCGACCAUCCCGUUGGAUACCGGUGUUCACAUGUGGCAUGUCCAACUUCGCAGGGAAUACAAUGCUAACAUCAAGAUAUCUGAUGGAGAGGACAUUGAGUCGGUGUUUGGCUCCCUGAGUCCUUGCCUCUAUGUUGGAGUGGUGAAUGAAAAAUACAAACGACAAAACGUGCCGGACAGCACUGGCUUGGAUGAGAAUAGCUGGGCAUGGAAUCCCAUACAGGAGAGGCUAUUUCAUGCGGACAAGAGCAAACAAUACCCUCAAACCAAGCCUUCUCCCAAAAUCCAUCCAAAAUUGGUGCGGAGAAACUCUCGCCGCGAAAGCCUUCGACGGAAUCUCUCUGGUUUCUCUGAUCAAGCAUUGUCGGAUGAGGAGGGGAACAAAAAAAAAGCUCAAACAGAAUCCGGCAUCAACCUAUUCCGUGGGAUCCGGGUCACACUCGACAUGGUGCAGGGCAUCCUGUGCUACUCGUAUCACGACGGACAUGCUUGGAAGAACCUGGGGGUCGCUUGGAACGAUCUCAAGGGGGAGAAGCUCUAUCCUCAUGUCUGGUUGCAUAACGCCAAGUUCCCAGUGACCAUGAGGUAUCUGGCUGGAAACAAGGAAUUGAUGGAUGUGGCUGUUGACAUUGAAGAAGCAACGAAAGUGAAGAAUGCAAGCUUCAUGAUGGCGCCAUCUUUUGACCCGAGAGUGCUACCAAUGUACCGUACACCGGAGGAGAUAUCCCAGUACUUUGCCUGGAAUCCAAAGGACUGCAGUGCUGGUAUUACAUUUAGGCCUACCAGCGUUCGACAAAAAGCCAACAAUUUCAAGAUUUGUGAGCGUGAGAGCAGCGUUCCUCCUACCCAGCAAGAUGUUGUUCGGUGUCAGUCGGGUUUCAGGAGCGGCGUCCAUGUGUGGUUGAUUACGUUUGAUUCCGAUGUAAUUCAGGAAAAUGACCAGUACAUACUUGGCUUCGGUACAAAACGUGCCGUGGCCACACCCAUCACCAAUGCCACACGGCUCCGUAGCGCUGUGCCAUCAGUUGUUGGUGGCGACUUCUAUAGCUGGGGAUGGGACCUCAAGUAUCAUCUGCUCUACCAUGGUGAAGAAACGAGAGGAGAGUACCCGCUACUGGAACCAGAUUUUGAGUGGUCGGAUUACUCUCAUUACAAGUUGACAUUGAACUGUCAGUCGGGGACUAUCCAUUGUGAUGCUUACAGUAAGACAGAACCUCAAGACUGCCAUCGACUUGGUGUGAUGUUCAACGACCUCCCCAAGAAUGUUGAGUUGUUCCCGAUGGUUGGUUACGUGAAAGGCUCCUCUCCUGUGAUGAUAGAGUAUAUAGCUACAAGUGAUACCGGUUUUGAGCGAAGCCGAGGAGGAGACAGACGCACAAGUUCUGCAACGUGUACAGUACUCUGAGAGACGAGGCCUGAACGACGAUGCAGCUACCGUUAUGGGCCACCUGUGUUACCCUGUUGUUUCCCACAAGGCAUAAACUGAAGAGAUGUUGAACAGAAAAAAUAAGCACAGUGUAAGAUUUAAGAUGUAGCUAUCAGCCACCUGGUUGGUUAUUGCCGAACCAGAAGAAAUCAAUGACCUGAUUCGUAUAGGUAAUCCGAGUGCCUUUGUAUUUUUGCAAUGUGCAAAAAAUACUGUAAAACUAUUAAGUUUACGCUGUUUUUUUAAGGCGAAUUAAAAAUGUUCUUUUAUACAUGUAUUUUCCGAUCAAUUUUUUUUUAUUUUUGAGAAUCUAUUCAUGAAAUCUGCAAAUAUAAAAUGCAGUGACAAUUUGGCAGUUACAGGAUGAAAAAACAGGGUCCACCUUAGAAAAUUAUGAACUUUUGCAAAUAUUAAUAUCUUCAUAUGUACAAUUGCUCAAUAAACAUGUAUAUUUCAUGCAAUACUGUUAGAUUUACCAGUAAUUAGCUGUACAUUUGCAGGAAACAUGCCUUCAUGUAGUUAUUGAUACACAGAGAUUCAUGUCAUUCUAAAACUCUAUCCAUUCGUCUUUAUCCAUUCUUGAUACCAAGUAUGGAUAAAAGAACUCUAUACUUGUCGAUACAGCAAGUGUUCUUUUUAAUAAAAUUAUGCUCCAAAGGGUUUCUGUAGCUGUAUUCUAAAGUUUAUAAUAAUCUUCUCAACAAUCUCAAAAGUUUCAGCACAAGUUCUCUCUUAUUUAGUACUGAAAGUUUACAUUCAUUUGUUUAACCAUAUAGUUUGCCAAAUAAAUCGGUAUCAUAGACAUAUACAGUCAUAUGGUAUCUGUACCAUUUUUCCACGAUUUAUAUAAUAUUUCUUCAUAUACAUAUGUAUUCCUUUUAGAUAUAUUUUUAGAUGUGUGCUUAUUUAUUUGAUUUCUCAUCCAUAUUUUUGAGCAUAAUGUUUAAGUUCAUGAGUUAGGAGUAGAGGUAAAAUCGAUGUCAUGUGCCUCAAAGGGGGACUAUUGGCGGGAACUAUGGGGGGUCAAAAUAAUGGUCUUGAUGUGACUUAGUGCAUAGUUUAGGGAUUGAGUCAUGUUUAAUUUAGCGAUUAAUAUAUUUCUUGUAAAAGGGUGAAUUGUUUCAAUGUACUGCAAGAUAAGAGAGUCUCCUACUGGCUAGUUUGUGUAACGGAAUUUGGCCUACAUUACUCUUGCCUUUAGUCGGCCUUUAGAGGGGAGUGUUUUGAGGUAGGAAAUCUGUAAAUCCGGGCAUGCACUAAUGAAGUUUUUGGAGUACAUGUACCUGUAUUGAGGCUGGCACUGUGAUGUAUCAGAAAUUGGACACAAAUAUUCUUCUGUCUAUUUGUGCACACUUCAAUGAAUAUGAUGUAUUGCCCUAUGCACUGGAACUCUAUACAUCAGUGCCGGCCCUGGAUUUUCCCAAGACACUGCUUCUAAAAGUUAGUGUGAAUUACCUUAUGUAACCUGCCUUCUUCAUUCUUACAUUUACUAGUAUUAUUCCUUGCCCAUGAUAUUUGUGAUACAUCAGCCGAUCCUAGUCUACAUGUAAAUUGUGUGGCCAAGUUAUGAAAAAAAAUGCUGUGAUUUUGGUAUUGAACUUUGUGAUUUUGCUGUCUUCAAACGGCAAUGUUUUGAUGAUUCAAUUUUUUUUUACAUGCAUGUAUUUUUUUAACUCUUUGUAAGUACUGGUAAUUUGAUGAUGUGGGUUUUCAUGAUCAGUCUGCAUUAGGAAAACAACAUGCCCUUCCCAAUGACUUUCCAAGAUUUCAGUUCCAACCCGCGAGAGAAAGGAGUCUUCUUGGUUAUUUUGGUUGAACUAAAUACAGUACAACCUCUCUAUUGCGGACACCCAUAGCCAUUGUUUUUGUACACUGUCCGUAAUUGCAAGGUGAUUGGACCAAAAAGUCAGCAUGGCCGUGUCAGCAAUUCGGAGUGGAGAGGUGUCCGCCCUACCGAGGUUUUGGUUAAAGCAAAUGACUUAGAAAAAAAUUGGGACUGAAGGAACAUGUCCGUAAUGCGGAGGUGUCCGCAAGGGGAGGUUAGACUGUAUACAAUUCACUUUUUGAAGACUAAGCCAUGCUUUCCACCCGUAGUUUCGUCCUGUCUUUUCUCCUCACAUUCAAAGGGUACACAGGUCAGUUACAACUCCGGUUUGAAGGUCAAGAACAUCUGCCCAAAAAUUGAUGACAUUAUAUGCAUAGGUUGGUCAUUUUUGGAAUUUGUGGAUUGAUUUUCUGAAUUGGAUACAAAAGGCUCUCAUAACUAGUCUUUUAGGUUCAAGAGUAGGCAUUGUGUUUGCCUAAUGGAUUUUUCUGAAAGAAAAAAGUUGUCUUGUAUCACGAUAAACUGCGAAAUUGUUGCACCUAUCUAAUUUUGCAAUUCGCGAACAUUUCUAUAAGAGAAUGUAAUUUUUGCAUAUCUACUUUGGCAGAUUACAAAAUGUCUUACCUAUUCGAGUCAAAUUUUUUCUUUUUAGUUAUUUGCAAAAUCCACCAGAAAUAGAAUGCUGGCUUAAUUUGGCAGUUGGGAGUACAUAUGUCCACGAUAGGCCUAUGGGUGCCGUCCAUUUUGUAUAUUCGUCAUCCAUCUCUAGAGAUGCUAGUCAUUUUAGCUAGUUAGUGUAUACUAAUUUAACCUUCACUGUGUCCUUAAGGGUGGAUCCUGGAGUCUAAAAAAGAGGGGACACCUCAGAGAAAGAGGGGGUACCCUGGCCAUGUUCUUCAAAACUCUUCUUAAUCUCUUCUUAACAGUGGUUUGGCCACCGCCAAACCACUGAUACCUUUAUAAAGUGGCAUCAAGUUAGCUUUGUUUGUUGUAGCUACUGCCAUGCCACCCCCAAGUUGGCAAAAACUUACCUACCAUGGUGGCACCCCAAGGGUUCCGCCAAGUUUUAGCCGAACUCCAAAGAUUCUGCUAGAGAUCAUUAUAACCAUGCUUUGAACAACAAGGCCCAGGUGUUUGCACUUGCUGCGUCACCCACUGGAUCCAUACCUGUCCUUUCUGAGUUUCAGGUCCGAAUGUAUGUUGUAGAGUUGGUCUUGAGCAAACUUAACCAAAUCAGCUAUAAGUGUAUUUGUGACCCGUCACAGCAAAACCAGGCGCAUGUUGCUCUGAGCUUGGCAGGUUGAGAUGGACUCUUUGUUCAUUAGCUCACCUCUUAGCAGAGGUGAGCUUAUCCCAUACCGUGGCGUCCGUCGUCCGUCGUCGUCGUCGUCGUCGUCGUCGUCGUCGUCGUCCGUCGUCGUCCGUCGUCCGUUAGCAGGGCACGUUUCGUAACUGUUAGAGCUAUUGAGUUGAAACUUGGUACACAUGUACCCUUAUGUAAUGACACCUUGGAGACCAAGUUUCGGUCCGAUUCGUUUCAUGGUUUGGCCACCAGGGGGCCAAACGUUAAAAGUGAAAAUAUGCAAUAUCUCCCUUAAUAGUAGUCGGGAAAUUUUGAAAAAAAUAUGGUAGGUACUUCUAGCAAAGGUGCAUCAUAUAUCCUCCGGGUUUUUGAUUUGACCUCCUUUUCAAGGUCACAGAGGUCAAAUGGUGUGAAUUGGCCGUUAGGAUGUAACGGUGGCACGUUUCUAAACUGCAAGGGCUAUUGAUACCAAAUUUGGUACACAUUUACCCCUUAGUCAGGUGAUCUCAGGGACUGAAGUUUGGUCCAAUAUGAUUCACCACUUGACUACCAGGGGGCAAAAUCCAAAAACCUUAAAAAUGUGUUUAUUCCUUAACUUCUUGCCCGAUUGCCACCAAUUUGAUAUCAUGGGUACAUCUAACCACCAUACAGUAUAUGUCACACAGGUUUUUAAUUUGACCUUCGUGUCAAGGUCACAGAGGUCAAAUGGCGUAAAUUCGCCGUCAGGCCGUGACUAUGGCACGUUUCUUAACUGCAAUGACUAUUGAUCACAAAUUAAGUACACAUGUACCCCUUGGUCAGGUGAUCUCAGGUACCGAAGUUUGGUGCGAUCUGAUUUGCCGUUUGGCCUCCAGGGAGGGGGCCAAAUCCUAAAUUCUUCAAAAUGCCAUUAUUCCUAGUAAUGACUUGCCCGAUUGGCACCAAUUUUAUAUCAUAGGUACAUCUAAUUCUAACAACCAUUCAAUGUGUCACCCGGGUCUUCUUUGAUUUGACCUACUUUUCAAGGUCACAGAGGUCGAAUGUAUUGUAAAUUGGCCAUUUUGGGGAAAUUGUAAUUGCUUGGACCUACAUCAAACCUAACACUACAUGACACAAUACCAUGCUCUUUAUCCAUCUUUCCUCCACAUGAGGUGAGCACAAUGGCCCUGGCCAUUUCAUUUCUCUAUUGUCUGCCUUUUGUGAAAUAUGAGCACAUCAAUUUCUUCCAUGAUCUCCUGGUGUCAUUUAGGCUCAUCUUCUGUGCAACAUGCGCCUGGUUUUGCUGUGGCGAGUCUCAUUUUAGGUCAUCUCUAGGUACUGCAGUCAAAACCAAUUAGCCAAAAAAUGUCCUCCUUAGAAAAUGUAGUAAAAAAAGAAAAAAAAGAAAACUUCCUUCCUAGAUACUGUAGUCAAAAACAAAAAAUGCCUUUGUUUACAAUUCAAAUCACAUUGGUGGUUUACAAACAGUCCAGGUACAAUUGACAUCCCCUUGAUUUGCAUUAGUUGUGUGUAUAAGUUGCACUCAACCUACGCUUGCAACCUCAAACCAGCUCGUUGCUCAAUUAGUGCACAGGUUAUGUUUAAGUUGUGCGGCACUUGCGCAAAACAAAAGGGAUGUCAAUUGUGACUUGGACUGUAUUAUUGAAUAAAAAAUAUCUCCCUUGUCUUCCAAAGGUAUUUUUAUUGCCAGAAUAGUUGUAAAUGGUGUAAAUCAUAAAUAAAUUCUGAAGUUUCUAUAAGAAAACCUUUUGAUCGCGGCUUUAGAGAAAACUUUUAUCUACAUGGAAGUGCCGAAAAAAAGGAUCGGUUUCACAUACUAAAUGUAUGUGUUGUAUUAAAUACCAUUACCUAGUUACAGUAUUCCAUUUUCUAGAUGGAAUGGAUUGUAAGUUAUUGAUUACAUUUUAUACUUGUUUACAAGUAACAUUAUAGACCCCUUCAAUAUUGUUGCCAAUAAACAUCUUUUGAUUUUCUACAA